AGGAAAGCACAUGUAAAAACUGAAAAGGAUUCAGCAAAAGUCUGGCCAAAGAAGUGGGGUUUCCUAACUGAGGCCUACAAGGAGUUUGAGAUGGAGGGCGUGAAGAUGAAGGAGCUGACCGACCAACCUCUGACCUCCACGCAUAAACACAUCCAUGUUGGCCCCUCCCCUCCUGUUCCACAGACAACUCAGGCUUUUAUCGGUUGGCGUUCCAGCCACUCGCAUCUUCAGCUGGAAAAACGCAGCACAUUGCAUCAUGGGAGGCGUAGUUUUCUGAGGGAACUUGGCUGGCCUCUAGAUGCCUGAAGCUGAGCCUCUGGAAGCGUGAGCCUUUUCAGUCUGUUUAUCUCUAACAUCACUCUGAGUGUGGAUUAAAACACAUGCACACUGACCACACAGUACAUGUUCUUC